AUGAGACACUCCCCGGAAAUGCAAAUCGACAGCCAUGCUACAUCCAGAAAUGGCCCGAAUUCUACGCAAAGCCUCCCAGCUAUGCUGUUGUGGGACCGGCAAGACUGUAUUCCUCUGAGAAAGGUUCUUUUAGAAGACGACAUGAUUGUCCUUCUCACGCCCGUCGUUGUACCCCACAGCAGACUCGGGGACAACGGCAAGGAUCCUUUCGAACCAUUGGGCCGUGCCAUUGCUUCGCGACAUUCGUUAGUCCGACACGUACCGUACACGAAACGAGGGGGCAUCACCAAUGUCCACUUUGAGUUCAUUAAGAGGGCCAAGGCCAUCGUCUUUGUCAUAUCAGGCCCUCCCCUCGACGAUGAUGUCUCGCAAAUCGACCUGGCCGAUACUGCGCGAACAAUGGCAGACGAGCGCCCUCAGAUCAUAGUGGCAUGUUGCAAUCUGCAAGCUCACGACUUCCACACUGACCAUUUCGCAACGAUGGUUCAAAUCGCAGGGUAUUCGCCACCGGAGCUCGAGACCGCCGCGUCAAUAAUCUUUGGGGACAUCCGACCACCCAUGGGAAACGCAAUCCCUUUGCAAAACCUCAUCAUCGCGCCGCAGACAUGGCCAGUCGAAGCUUGCGGUAUAGAUAUGGCACCCAUCCACCAACUUUGGACAGAAUGCCUCCCGCCCAAAUAUCACCUCUCGCAGCACGAGCUUGUCCUGCUCCUCCAGCGAGAUGGCUUCUCCAGGCACUACGUUGUGCGUGAACCGGAGACCAAGCAGAUCAUCGGCUUUUGCGCUACAUAUACGACAUACCCCGACGGAGGUCAAGAUAAUCUGCUCGGAUCACUAGCCGUUCUGAUUGUCAAAAACUCGUGUCGAGGGCAAGGGGUAGGGUUGAGUCUCCAUGACCAUGCGCUCAAACAGCUGCAAAGGACUCGGGGAGUCAAUCGACUACAACUUGGCUCAACCUUUCCGCGCCUUUUUUACGGUGUGCCGUCCGAUUUCUUCUCGAUAGAAUGGUUCUCGCGUCGGGGCUGGCAGAUGAAUGGUGUCCACUCUGGCCAAGGUAUAGGGGUCUCGGAUUGGCUCCUAAAGUUUGACGACAUGCUGGCGAAAAACUACUCGUCAGCUGGACUGACGUUCCGGCGUUGUGGUAUGGCCGAGUACUACCCGGUCCUGGAUAUCGUGAGCCGAGACGCCGCCCGCAAGGACAAUUUCGGCUGGUACGACCAGUACUUUAUCUUGGAUGGCACGCCACACAUCGAAGAUAUCCUCCUUGGCCUGGAGGGCGACACUAUUGUAGCCAUCGCUCUGACAUACACUCCUAAGUCGGGUAGUCCAGUCAGCGGUGACCUCCCGUGGGCCAAGAGCAUUGGGGCCAACGUUGGGGGCGUUACAUGCAUUUGCAUCAUAGAUGACCAUCCCGAGAUGGUGAAUAGCCGAGACUCGGUCAUGACCAGGUUGCUCGAUACGUGCGUGAAGCUGCUGGCCGAGCAAGGCAUGCGACAAAUGUUCAUCGACGGCGCCAAGGGAGGCGACGCUGGGUUUCAGUCCCUAGGAUUCCGGGAAUGGGCGAAAUACAAGGACGUAUGGCGAAAGGUUGGAGCAUAG